UUGAAAUAUUACAAACCGGUUUACUAGCGGCAUGAUGCCGGUCGCUAACCGACAUCGAUCCUUCUCACGGCUUCAGUUUGAACGGGCAGUUGGCGCGUUACGGACGUCUACGUGAACGAUAUACACACAUGUCUGCCUAGUGGUAGCACGGUUCGCGAUCGAGGUGGUGAUCGCGUCAUUUCGUGCCGUUAUUUUUGUUUCGUUGAGAUUUUCGAAGUAAGAUUUUCUGCGGCGAAAUGUCUUGGAAAUUUCUCGUCGUGCUGGCUGCAACCGUGUCCGCAGCUUCCGCCGGACUCUCAGUUAACUCGUGUGUUCUACAAAGCGACACGGCCGUCAAGCAAUUCAAGCUGUCCACUCUGAACCGUAUGUUCGGCGAUCUGCUGACGACCGAAUCGAACGGAAAUAUUUACAUUGUAUCGAUCUGCCGUCCCGUGCCCCAAAUUUACUUUGAUGCCAAACAGUUGGCCGGAUCCAUAAAAAUUACCACCGAUGGGUACACGAUCGAUCUCGGACGCAUCGAUCAAACGAACGUCGUCGUCAACGAAAACACUAUCGUGCUCACAUACGUCGGAGGCGAUUCGGACAAAAAUCCGAAGGACACGUGUAAAGGUCUAAAGUGGAGUACUUAUCUGACGUUCAUAUGCGACCCGUUUUCAACGAAAGAUGUGUUAACAUUAAUUGAUGAAGAUCCCGAUCAACCUGAAAUAUGUCAAAUAUGGUUUGAAAUAAAAACAUCCAAAACGUGUAAUCGCCAGCCGGAAAUUCCACUAGACGUUUUGGAUAAAUAUUUAAUGAAUGAAACCAAACAGAAUUAUGAUGAAAAACAUACGAAUAUAAGACAUAACAGUUCAAGUCUACCAAUUGCUAUAAGUCCAUAUAAUAAUAAAAAUUUUAAGCCUCAAAAUAAUGAAGAAAAAAAACAUAGUUCAGAUGUAACUGAAAGUAAAACAGAUGAGAAAAUACUAUCAGAUAAUGUAUACGAAGAGAAAUUUAAAAAUGACGAUUUCGAGAGUAAAUCAUCCAGAUAUAUAAAAAAUAUUUCUGAUAUAGAUCAUGCUCACUUUUCUGAUCAUAAAACAAUAAUUAACAAAAAAUCGUCUGAAAGUGAAGAUAAAAAGUUCUCUGAAAAUACAAAGUCUGAAUAUGAAGUAUCCGAAGCUAGAAACAGAAUUUCUGGCCAAGAAAAUGAAUAUCUGAAUUAUUACAACACAAAUAGUAAAAAAAUACCUAUAGAUAGUGAACACAAAGAAAGUUCUCAAAAUAUAAAUUUCGAACUAUCCAAAAAUAAAUAUUUUUAUAAGGACAAUAAAUCUUUAAAUAAUAAUAAUAUAAAUAGUAACAAAAUAUCCACAAACAGUGAACAAAAAUAUAUUUAUCACAAUACCAAUCAGGAGCAGAUAAAAUCCAAAAUUGAAAAUGAGAACUCUGGUAGUGAAAAUAAUCCUCUGAAUCAUAUUAGUACAAAAAGUAACAAGAUACCAUCAGACACUGAACACAUUCAGAAUUCUGAAAAUAUUUAUAUUGACAAGCAAUUCAGAAAUGAUCUUGAAAGUUCAGUCAAAAAUAAUCAAUCUUUGAAUCAUGAUAGCAUAAAUAGUAACAAAAUACCCUCAAACACUGAACAUAUUCAGGAACCUUUAAAUCACGAUAAUCAUGCUCACUUUUCUGAUCAUAAAACAAUAAUUAACAAAAAAUCGUCUGAAAGUGAAGAUAAAAAGUUCUCUGAAAAUACAAAGUCUGAAUAUGAAGUAUCCGAAGCUAGAAACAGAAUUUCUGGCCAAGAAAAUGAAUAUCUGAAUUAUUACAACACAAAUAAUAGUAACAAAAUAUCCACAAACAGUGAACAAAAAUAUAUUUAUCACAAUACCAAUCAGGAGCAGAUAAAAUCCAAAAUUGAAAAUGAGAACUCUGGUAGUGAAAAUAAUCCUCUGAAUCAUAUUAGUACAAAAAGUAACAAGAUACCAUCAGACACUGAACACAUUCAGAAUUCUGAAAAUAUUUAUAUUGACAAGCAAUUCAGAAAUGAUCUUGAAAGUUCAGUCAAAAAUAAUCAAUCUUUGAAUCAUGAUAGCAUAAAUAGUAACAAAAUACCCUCAAACACUGAACAUAUUCAGGAACCUUUAAAUCACGAUAGUACAAGUGGUGACAAAAUAACUCCAGGUAGUGAACACCAACAGAAUUCUGAAAAUACACAGGAUAAAAAUGAAAUGUCAGUAAAAAAUAAUCAACCUUUGAAUCACGACAGUACAAAUAGUAACAAAAUAACAUCAGGUAGUGAACACAAACAGAAUUCUGAAAAUACACAGUAUGACAAUGAAAAUUCUGUAAAAAAUAAUCAACCUUUGAAUCGUGAUAGUAAAAAUAGUCAGGAAGUACCCUCAGAUGCUGAAAAAAUAAACCGGUCAACUGAAAAAUCUCCCAAAGAAUUCAUUAAUACUAAUACUAAAACAGAUACAUCAGUAGAAAACAGUAUGUAUGUGAAUCCAAUAAAUAAUGCUAGUAAAAUUACUCAAAGUUAUCAAUAUGUAACAGAAACUAAUCAUAUGUCAGAAGUAUCUGAUAAAAGUACUAAUUUUUCUAAUGACAAUAAAAAUGAUGAUGAUCAUAUAAGCACAAAUCCUACAAACCAAUCAGAUGCCAGCGUUAGUUCUGAUAAUUUUUUUUCAAAACUUUUCGCAAAAGGUAUAAAUUUGUCUUCAACUCAAAUAAUAGCUGGAUUAAGUUCGUUGAUAGUUGCCUUUGGGGUCAUUGGAACAGCUGUAAACCGUUAUUAUUAUAAAUUGUCGGGCUCUGAUCAAAUUCCUUUAAAAGGAACUUUCCAAACCAUUUUUAAUUUUAUUAAAAUUUACAUAAUACAAAAAUUAUGUUGUUGUUGCGGUAGAGAUUUAGAAGCUGCCGAAUCGACAAACGAAAAAACACCACUUUUACAGCCCAAAAACGCACCAACACCAACUGUGGAAGAUGAGACAUCGCCAAAAUAUAAAAAAAAGAAAAUUAAUAGUGAUGAAAGUAAACAACAACAAAAUGAAAAUGCUGACAACGAGGAUAGUAGUGAACAAAAUACUAAAAAUGGUUAUGGUAGCGUGUCAAAUGAAAGUAAUUCACAGACUUCUAUCAAGAAAUAUCGCAAGAAAAAACGUAAAUCGAAGGGUUCGGAUAAGAGUCCGAAUGAAUCUGGUUCAGAAAACCAAUUAUACGAUGAUAAGGUAAAUUUCAUCAAAGAUGAGUUAAACGAUUUAAAUAAAAAAUCAAUAAAAAAAGUUAUAUCUGAAAAUUUUAAUACAAUUGUUGAUAAAAAAGUAAAACCAAUGUUUGGAAGCAUUUUUAGAAGAGCGGCGGGAGAUGACAAAACAAAUGAUGAUGAGCAAAAUAAAAAAAGCUCAUCUGAAAAAGAAAUUUUAAAUGAAAAAGUUAAUAAAGAUGAUAAUACAAAAGAAAAGCCUACAUUUAAAAGCAUUUUCGGAGAGAUGGCGGAUAAAAUCGAUGUAAAUAUAGAACCAGAAAAAGAAAUUUCUGUUAAAGAUAAUACUAAUAUUUCGAUCACAAAAAAAGAAGUCGACAAAAAAGAGAAUCAUGACGAUGUCCUUAAUGUGCCUAAAGACUCUUCUGAGAUUACAUCAACAGGCAUUAGCUCUAAAAAUAACGAAUUAAAAUUAAAAUUUUUGGGAUUAAAUGCCGAAAAAGAAAAAGACACCGUAAAGUUAGAGAAAACCUCUGCCGUCAAAUCGAGUGUGUCCGAAAUAAAAAGUGAAAAAGACGAUGAUAACGACGAAGUGAUUGAAGAGAUAGUAUAUGUGGACGCAGAUGGUGAAGAAGGUGAAGAUGAAAUCAUCGAAGAAGUGACGGAAACGACGACCACGAUUGAAGAUCCACAAGACGAAUUCGACGUGACGGGUACCCCACAUCCGUCACAUACGGUUACGGUGCGGAAGACGAGCGUGCGAAAGAUAUCGUCAUCUUCUUUGCCGGGAGACGAGAAGGAAAACGUCACGGAGACCGUAGAAGUGUUCAGCAACACGCCGGAGAGCGAGAAAAAACCAUUUGGUUUGGAGUUGGGCAUCGGCAAGUCGGGCGUGAACGUGACCGUAGGCGAGAAAAAGCUAGGUAUCGGUAAAUCCGGUGUGAAGUUCGGCAAACGCGAGGAGUCGCCACCGAACGAACAACAGCCGGAAGGGAUGUCAAUCAAACUAGACAAGUCGGGCUUGCGGCUAAACCACGGUAAGCAGCGUGAGAAGAGCGACGAGAAGGAGACGAACGGCAGUCCGGAGAAAAAUAAAUCGAGGUCGUUGUCGGUGCCAAACUUCAAGAUGUUCAAGAGAUCGACGUCGCAUCCGACCUCGAGCUCAGAUAUCCAGGAGGUGGUGGAUGUCACGACGCCGGAGGUGCCGUCGAAAAAAGUCUCCCGGAGCACGUCCAGCCUUUUGAAGUUCGGCAAAUCGCGGUCCAAGUCUACGGGCGUUAUGGCCAUCAAAGCCGACGUGAAGAUAGACCCUAAAGUGAUGCACAGUUUCCUGGAUCACGAGAGGGAUACGUCAUAUCUACAGCGAUUACAUGAAGAUGUUAACGGUGCGCAAUUGGUCGACGACGUUCCUGGCAAAAUUAUCGCUGCCGCGGAAAACGUCACAUCAUCUCUGGUGCCUGCAGCUAAGGGCUCUCCUACUUCUCCUACUGAUUUAGUAUCCAUGGCUAAAGCAGCCCAGAAGGAUUUAGUGUCCACGGCUAAAGCAGUUGAUAAGGAUUUAGUAUCCACGGCUAAAGCAGUUGAAAAGGAUUUAGUGUCCACGGCUAAAGCAGUUGAGAAGGAUUUAAUGUUUAAAACGAUUGGAUCGCUAGCCGGGGCUUCGGUAGGUGCCACGGGAAUGAUUCCGGCAACUGCAAACAAAAGUGACGACGAUCGACAAAAAUCGGCCAAGAGUUCGGUCAAGAAAUCUACCAAAAAAACAAAAGGUGGUAUAAACGAUAAGCUGCGGCCUUUUUAAAAACAUUGUGAACGCGUGGUGUCGAUAUUUCGAUCCAAGAGCAUAUUAUUAUCUUCUAAUUUGUUUACACGUUUUUUUGGUUUUGUUUAAAUAAUGCGUUUUCUGCAUAUGUUGGUUAAUUAUUCUAUCCGUCAAAAUGUUCGUUGGCUUAUAUGAAAUGUUUUAUGUUAAACAUUUUUUUUAUAUUACGCUUGCCUUGGAAUGUAUCGAUUAAUUUUCUUUGUCUUUGUUAUUGUAUUUUGUUCGCCAUGUCUUUAUGA